AUGGAGACUGGUGUCGGUCUCACCAAUGCUCAAAAUUUAAAAUCGGUCGUCAAUUAUUCUUAUGGUUGUCCUACACCACUUUACUCACGCACAUUUACUUUACUUGUUGAGGAAAAGGAUUUUAUUAUUUUGUUGAUUUUCUUUUUACAUGCAAAACAGUCGUUGGCUGUCAAUCGUUACUCUAAAAAAAGUUGA